CACAAAUUUUCUUUGACUUUCGGCAAGCUUCUUCUAAAGAUACUUUCCUUCUUUUUCAACUUUCCAUAUAAUUCAUUCAACACAAGUCUCGAUUUUCGAAUACAAAAGCACUCAUCGAAGCUUAAACUCAAUCGCGGUUUAUUCUAAAAUGGAUGUUUCUUCUUCUUCGGCGAGUAACGCCGCUGAGUUCGAUUACUUGUUCAAGCUUCUUAUGAUUGGUGAUUCUGGUGUUGGCAAAAGCACGCUGCUUCUGAGAUUCACUUCUGAUAACUUCGAAGAUCUUUCUCCCACUAUUGGUGUAGACUUCAAAGUUAAAUAUGUUACACUUGGUGGAAAGAAGUUAAAACUUGCUAUAUGGGACACGGCUGGACAGGAAAGGUUUAGAACACUUACUGGUUCAUAUUAUAGAGGUGCACAAGGAAUAAUUAUGGUAUACGAUGUAACGCGACGUGAAACUUUUACAAAUCUAUCUGAUAUAUGGGCUAAAGAAAUUGACUUAUACUCAACAAAUCAAGAUUGCAUCAAGAUGCUUGUUGGAAACAAAGUUGACAAGGAAAGUGAAAGGGCUGUUACCAAAAAGGAAGCGGUGGACUUUGCAAGGCAAUAUGGGUGCCUCUAUACUGAAUGCAGUGCAAAAACUCGAGUAAAUGUUGAGCAGUGUUUUGAGGAGCUUGUAAUGAAGAUUUUGGAUACACCAAGCCUCUUGGCCGAGGGCUCAUCUGGUGUGAAAAAGAACAUCUUCAAGCAGAAACCGCAAGAGUCUGAUGCAUCACCUAGCAGCUGUUGCUCAUGGUGAUUAUGAUGUUUUUAUGGAGCUGUCACCCUUCACUUUUCAGUAUGAUGUGAAUUUCAAGUGCUAUGAAAUUUCAUUGCAUGUACCAAAAAAUUAAUUUCGUUAGUCUGUAUAUCAUGAUCAAUCUUCAGAAUUUGCCUACUUUUUUAAUGCUUUGAUGUUCAACAUACGAAAUCUGUCUCUACAUAGGAAAGUAAUGUAUAUGCUUGAGUUCUAUCCCUCA